CAGUAGGAGGUCCGUGGAGGCAAACACGGUGCCAUGGGAGCUCACCUUGUCAGGCGGUACAUCACCGAAAGGGACACCGAGCCGGACCCAGCGAAGAAAUAUGAGUUCGACCCGAACUUUGGCUUCGGAGAGAGGAAAGAAAGAGAGAUGAUAGCAACCCAGGAGCAGAUGAACCUGGCCCAGCUGCCUUUGGAACAGAGGGACUACUGCGCUCACUAUCUGCUGAAACUCAUGAAGUGUAAGAGGGACUACUGGCCCAACUUCCUGGCCUGCAAGCACGAGAGGCACGACUGGGACUACUGUGAACACCAGGACUACGUGAUGCGUAUGAAGGAGUACGAGAGGGAGAGAAGGCUCCAGCUGAGGAAGAAGCGAAUCGAGGAAAAGGCAGAAGCUGCAUAGAUGGAAAAUCUACUCAUGCUUCUUUGUAUAUAACUGCUACUGUUCACAUUAAACAACAUUGGAGCUCUGUGGCCCAGACUUUCCUAAGUGUGAUAAACCUGAAGUUAUUUACAUCUAGAAUCUGAAUAAAUUCUGUCUCAGGUGUUGAGCUGA